UAUCUGUUUACAGAGUUUGACUGUAAAUUAUUUCUGUUAUGGUUCAUGGUUCUUGAAAAAGAUUUAAGAAGCUUGAUGCAGAAUACCCAAUUCUGUACCGUAAAUUCAUCUGCAGCCACCUGCUGUCUCAAGACAAACAUACAAAUGCAGCAAAGGGGGAAGGAAAAAUUAAUGCUGCCAAGCAAUGACAGCCAGUCUGAGUUUUAGCAGUAGAAUUUCCAGGUCAAGGGACACAGCUUUGAAAAAGUACUGAGGAGCCAGAAGAAGUAUGUGUCACAUCCACUCCUUCAGGGGUAAUGCCUGCAUUUAUGACUUUGCUUCUAAGGGAAUGUUCACAUUACAGUACCAGCUUAGAGAUCAGUGAAGUUUUUAAUCCGUGGAUUCCACAGUGCUUUCCUCCCAGCUCUUUGCAUCAUCGUAGCUUCAUUAGUGCCAGAUUCAUUUCUGUUUGUGUUCACGCCAGGGCAUACCUGCCAGGUUCCCCAGAAAAAAACAGGACAUCCAGUCCCCCGCCCCCCGUGUGAAAUUGUGGUGGUCAUUUUGGGUGCUGCACUCUCGCCUCGAAAAAAGUGCUUUAUUUGGAGCGAGAGUGAGGUGCGGGUCAUGCGACUUACCAGGGAGCGCAUGCCAGUAUCGGGCCUGAAAAAGUUGGAUGGUAUGCUGGGUGUUGGAGGUGGGAGGGAUGUCUAUACCACAUGAAUGCUCAAUGCAUAUUCUGCAAAGGGCUAACCCACACUUUCUCUCUUCCCACUGUCCGCCCCCCCAAAAAACCCCGCUCUUUAGUGUGAAGGGGACAGGUUAGGUGCGGAGCAAGGAGGAAACCGCUUGGACCCGUGUCUAGAAUUGCCUUAAAUAAUAAGUGCAAUCCUAAAUAUGUCUUCUCUGAAGUCUGCUUUGGAAAAGAUGACCCUUUCAGCUGUGCGAUUUUGAUUUUGUGCUGUGCGCUGCUGUGGCCCUCACAGUGCCAUGAAACGCUGUUGUCCGAUACAGAUGUGUCAAAAUCCUGGCAACCUUGAAAUUAUCACCCAUGAGAGCACGUUCCUGUUUUUCAAAAUUGUUUUUAGAUGUCCCUAAUGUUGUUAAAUAUGCUUUUUUAACUGCUUUGUUUGGCUGUUUCUCGCCUUGGGCUUCUUUGAGGGCGGGACAGAAACGUAAGAAGGGAAUAAAUGAAAUGCGGGGUUUUCGCCAUCGAUUCCUAUGCGGAGGCAACAACGCGCGCAGCAACGAAAGGAAACUGCCACUGAGGGAGAAACUGGCGCUCUAGCUUCUUCUAUGCGGGAAGAGCUCUGCUUAGCCCCGCCCCAUUGUGACGUCGUCGAGUCACGGGCCUCACGUCGUCCAUAGGCAACGGCGAUACGUCGCCAAUGCAGCCCCGCGCUGUUUGAGGGCUUGUAACAAUGGCCGCCCUAGCAACGGCAGCGCUAGCGACGGUAACCAGGAGCAACCAGGGAUCCGGUACCACCAGGACCGGCUCCGCCAUGGCGCAGGGGGGAUCGGGACCCUGGGAAGGCUACGGACCCGCAACCGCCCAGCUUAUGGGCCUUGUGCGCAGGAACUAUUAUAACUGCAAGAUGAAAGCUGAUCAGCCUAAGAAAGCUGAAUUUAUAAGAGAAGGGGACAAACUAAAUAAAGAACUUCUGAGCAUUGAAAGGGAUAAAAAUAUGCUUCUCUUCAACAAGAAGAGUGAUUUCAGGAGGGAAUAUAACAUAUUGGAAGAACUGGAACAUCAACUGACUAAGAACCGGAAAGCAGAAAAAGGUAAUAUCCAACAAAAACUGGGCAGAAUUUAUAAUAAUGUUAAAGGACUCCAGCGACAAUUAAAACAUGUGAAGCCAACCCCAGAAUUUGUUGACAGACUCAGAGAAAUGAUGGAAGACGCUGAAAUGUCAAUAAAUGCAUUUAAAGAAGAACAGCGACAAAAAUAUGAGGAGCUUCUGAGAGAGGAGAAGACAGCUACUAAUGAGAUUAAUGCAUUGGAGAAAAAAAUUGAGCUCUGGGCAUUAGGUACUUCAGCAACAGGAAAUACGCCUAAACAAGGCAUGCUUGUAGUGGAUAAAAAGAGACAAAAUCACCUGCCUCCUGGAGUAGCUGAGCUUGAUAAAUUCCUUCAACAGACAGGGGGCAAGCAAGGAGGUUGGGAUGUAUAUGAUCACCAAGAAUUUUUGAAAUUGUGGACAAAGCAUAAAGGAAAACCAUCGUACAUUGAUGAAGUCCUUGAUCAUCUUCCUGACAGAACAAGGGAGGAUAUUCUGCAGCAUGAGAAAUGGUAUCAAGAAUUUCUGAUUUUAGAAGCACAAAAAAAGGAGUCCAUUCAAGAAUGGAAGAGAAAAAAGCUACAAGAGAGAGAGAAAAUCUUAGCCCAGAAGAAGCCAGAGGAAGGGCUCACUACAGCUAUACUACAGCAUGCAGCAGCCCAGAAGCAAAAAGUUGAAGAGGAAAGGAAAAAACGACUGAAAGAACUUGAAUUGUGGAAAAGGCAAAAAGCAAUAGAAUAUUCAAUGAAACAGGCUGCUCAGCUACAAGCAGAGGAAGAGAAGGAGAAGAAAAAGCAGAAGGAACGGCAGCGGCAAUGUCAUAUAAAGUUGCUGUUGGAAGACUAUAGUAGGCAGAAAAAGGAGGAGGAAGAGCUUUUGAGAUUUGAGAAGAAAAAGAGAGAGGAAGCUGAAAGGGAAGAGAAGAGAAGAAUUGCUGCAGAAGAAAUUCUUAAGUUCCAAGAGCGAGAUUUAUCUAAAGUUGUGUUUAAGAUUCAAGAAAAACAGGCAAAGGAAGACGAAAAAAUAGAAAAAGAAAGAAGAUUGAGAGAAAAGUUGAGAGAGAAGGUUGGAAUGAAUGUACCUCGAGACCCACGUAGGCUGUUGAAGCCUACAAAAGUUUGGGAAGAACGAACAAAAGAAAUUGGACCAGAAGGUUCCGGGCCACUUCUGCAUAUUCCGCACAGGGCUGUCCCAAGCUGGCGACAAGGACAAUAGUUGGUUGGCUGCACAGUUUUAUUAGAAGAUAA